AUGGGGAGUCCGCCCAACAGAGAGGGGCUCCGGCGCCGCCGCCCCUCCCCGCCCAAGCCAGUCCCCGCCUCGCGGGGCGGCCAGCCGCGCACGGGCGAGUUCAUCUCCAAGUCACUUUUUGUAAACGCCUCGCACAGCCUGGACCGGCCUGCCCCCACUCGGACUGAGCCGGGAGAUACCGAGGGCUCCGGGGGGGCCGCCCGUACCCGGCCCGCGAGCAGGGAGCUCGGGCUCCAGCGAGGAGAGGCGCUCCAAGCCUCCUCGCAGCUUUCAGGCAUUUCCGCUGCUCAGCCCGGCAGCAGCCAGGUAACCCGCAGCUCAGAUAAAGGAGAUGCCUGGUGUGCGGGCUGGAAUCAGUCUCUCCCCAUGAUGUGCCUUCACACGGCUGUCUAGCAUUCGAAAAACAGGCAAACAGGGCCGGGAAUCCUGCAACAGCGGCGGAAGCUGCCCUCGCCUCGGGCUCCCGGCGGCCCGGUCCUGCCAGGGAAUCGGGGUAGCGGCUCCAAGGCAGGCAUCGCUUCCCUAGCACCGCUUAGCUUGGUCAGGGCGGCUGCAGGCUGCCUGAAGCAGGUCCCGCGGUCCCCUUUCCUAGCGGGGCCCUGAAACACCCACGGCGUCUCACUCCUGAGCGGGGAAAGAGGAACCGAGCCUGCUGCAACCCUCCCUUUAUGGCAUCAAGAAAAGCUGCUGGCUUUCCCGCGCAGCAAGACCCGCAAGCUGUCACUGCCACCGCUCUGCCAGGCCCUGCUGCGGACGCCUGUUCCGGGACAGGAAUGA